GUGCUGAUACCUAUAAGCUCAUGCUGGCGUUCUGAAAGAUAGAAGUCACUUUCCAUCCUCAGAUUUCUUUUCCCUAAGUGAGGAAGAAUGCAAGUCUGUCUCUCCAGAGAAGCCGGAGAGGUGGACGAUCUGUCAUGAGUUGGUUGAUCCGAAGCCCCCGGCCAAUGGUGAUGAUGAGGGAAGGAUGUUUAGAACGCACUUAUCCGACGUUGUUGUCUUUUCGGACGCGGUGAAGGUGUCAGGGACGGGGGUUGGUACAACCGGGUCGACGACCGGGAGUGCUAUAUUUGAGGUUGUCGACUACCCGGAGAUUGGUGAGAAACGUAUUUGGCGGGUACUAUUAAGGAGGCGUUGAGGCAUGUUAACUUUUACCCCUGAACAGCCUCUGCUGCGCCACUUUCCUGGAUUUAACCAUGACAGCUUCCCUUCCAUCACUAACCCCCAUGGCCUGUUCAA